GACACUUGAGAGCAGGACGAAGGACAGGCAGACAGAGACAGACAGGAGCAGCGCUGCACUCCUCUUUUCAUCCUCCUCCUAAUUCUUGUUCUAUCACUCUACUUGUUGAUCCGAGUUCUCCCUACUUUCUCCAAUUUGUUCCCCCUCUUUUCCUCCCUCCUUUUAUUUUAUUUCAAUUUUUUAUUUUUUGUGGUUCUUCCUCCUGCGCCAUGGGCUCAGUGCUGCCCGCCGACGCGUUGGCUCUCAAGCCCGGAUUUAAGUGUCCGGGCCGCGCUCUCUCGGACGUCAUCACCUCGGACAUCCUGCACAGCUUCCUGUACGGCAGGUGGAGGAACGUGCUGGGCGAACACCUGGCGGAGGAGCGACACAGCGGCAGUAGCGGCCCCAAGACGGCGUUCACCGCAGAGGUGCUGGCUCAGUCCUUCGCUGGAGAGGUGCAGAAGCUGUCCAGUCUGGUUCUGCCCAGUGAAGUGAUCAUCGCCCAAAGCUCGAUCCCCGGAGAAGGUCUUGGCAUCUUCUCAAAGACGUGGAUCAAAGCAGGGACAGAAAUGGGACCUUUCACGGGGAGAGUCCUGUCUCCCGAGCACGUGGACUUGUUCAAGAAUAACAACCUCAUGUGGGAGGUGUUCAAUGAAGACGGCACCGUGCGCUAUUUCAUCGAUGCCAGUCAGGAGGAUCAGCGCAGCUGGAUGACUUACAUCAAGUGCGCCAGAAACGAGCAGGAGCAGAACUUGGAGGUGGUUCAGAUCGGCAGCAGCAUCUUCUACAAAGCAGUGGAGACAAUCCCACCAGACCAGGAGCUUCUAGUCUGGUAUGGAAACACACACAACACGUUCCUGGGAAUUCCUGGAGUCCCUGGAGUGGAUGAGGAGCAACAGAAAAAAAGCAGGAAUGAUGACUCCCACUCGUGUGAAGGCUCUUCCUCGUGCUCCCCCUCUUCAACCUCCUCCUCCUCAUCCUCCUCCUCCUCCUCCAGUGCCGGCCGCAUGCGCUGCGUCAUCUGCCACCGCGGCUUCAACUCCCGCAGCAACCUGCGCUCGCACAUGCGCAUCCACACCCUGGACAAGCCUUUCGUGUGCCGCUUCUGCAACCGCCGCUUCAGCCAGUCGUCCACGCUCCGCAACCACGUGCGCCUGCACACCGGCGAGCGGCCCUACAAGUGCCACGUGUGCCAGAGCGCCUAUUCGCAGCUGGCGGGCCUGAGGGCGCACCAGAAGAGCGCGCGGCACAAACCGGCGGCACAAAGCGGCGCCGACGUGUCCUCCCAUGUUUCCCCUCCUCCUCCACCGCAGAUCACAGCGAUGUCUCACCAGCACCAGAUGCCACUGGUGCACCACAUCCCCACCAUGGUGCUAUGAUGACGGACACGCAGAGGGACAGUCACACAGAACAACGUUGCACUUUAGAUUAGACCUGAGGAGGAGAUAUAAAAGGAGCUCCUGAUGAAACUGACAGUUUUAAAGGUCCUGUGUGUAAGAUUUAUGUUUGUAUAAGUAUAGAAUUACUUUAAAAUAAAAAAACACAAGUGGUUUUUAUAUGUGCAUUUUAGGCAAGAGGCUGGCAUCCUGUGCCACCUUGUUUCUAUAGCAGCCAGAACAAACAAACCUGAGUGUUUUAUAUGCAAAAUGAAGAGGAACAACAUCUUUUCUGAUCCAUGAGGGCCACUGUAGUUGAUGCACUUCGGAAAGAGAGACGUGAACAGAGAGCAAUCAGCAGUCUCACUGUUAGAUGUCACUAAAUUUUACACACUGGACCUUUAAGGGGAGGGGGAUAAGUAAAUGUGAGCGUGAAGAAUCACACAAAGACUUUAUUCCAUAACUAUAUGUUUCUUAUGUAUUCGAAAAUCAGACAGAAUGUUUUAAUGUUUGUAUUUUGGAAGCUGAAAUAUAGUGGGGGGGGGGCACACAGCACCUGUGUCCAAAUUUUACAGAGUGUGUAAUCUACCCGUGUGUCAUAUAUCACUAUGAAAUAUUUUCACACCAUGUUUGUUUUGUAUCCCGUGGUCACCAGCUCAGGUGAGAAGUCAGAGGUUUGUACAGUCGCUCCAAAUAAAGAGAUCCGCAUCGUUCCACACUGUAAACUGAAACAGUCACUUUAAGCUUGUACAGACUUUGCAGACGUGUGUAAUUGUAAAAUUGUAUUGUAUUCCACUGUACAUGUGAAUGUAAAUACAUUUGUGGUCUCUCACAUAUUCUAAAUAAAUGAUACUAUGACAUGAUAUGA